UUGACGGCUAGAGAAAAACAAGUGACCUGUCAAAAUUGAUCAAAUUACACGGAGUGUGUAAAAGAGAUCAAUCUUACAAUUUUUUCCAAAGUGCAAUUUUGAAGGCAAAAACUCAGGAUUUUUGUUCUAGAAAAAGAGGCACAAGGUUUUCAUGAUCUUCAAUUGACUAUUUUUCUGGUUUUCUUCAACUCCACUAGGUGAAAAAUGGCUCAGAUUCUGCUCCAUGGAACUCUCCAUGUCACGAUCUACGAGGUCGAUAAUCUGCAAAAAGAGGGAGGUGGCCACUUCUUCAGCAAGAUAAAGGAACAUGUUGAGGAGACAAUUGGUUUUGGAAAAGGAACUCCUGCAAUUUAUGCUACAGUUGAUUUGGAAAAGGCUAGGGUUGGAAGAACCAGAAAGAUAAAAAAUGAACCAAACAAUCCAAGGUGGUAUGAGUCUUUUCACAUUUACUGUGCACAUAUGGCUUCAAAUGUUAUAUUCACUGUCAAAGAUGACAAUCCCAUUGGUGCAACCUUAAUUGGAAGAGCUUAUGUACCAGUUGAAGAACUUUUGGAAGGGGAAGAGAUUGAUAAAUGGGUUGAGAUACUGGAUAGAGAAAUGAAUCCUAUAGCAGAAGGUUCCAAAAUCCACGUGAAGCUACAGUUUUUUGAUGUCAGUCGAGAUCCUAACUGGGAACGUGGCAUUAGAAGUUCUAAAUAUCCUGGUGUCCCUUACACUUUCUUUGCACAGAGAACAGGAUGUCGGGUUUCCUUGUAUCAAGAUGCGCAUGUGCCAGACAAUUUUAUUCCUAAAAUCCCUCUCUCUGGGGGGAAGUAUUAUGAGCCCCACAGAUGUUGGGAAGAUAUCUUUGAUGCUAUUAUUAAUGCAAAGCACUUGAUAUAUAUUACUGGCUGGUCAGUGUAUACUGAAAUAACCUUGGUGAGGGACUCGAGGAGGCAAAAGCCCGGAGGUGACAUUACACUUGGGGAGCUGCUCAAGAAGAAGGCAAGUGAAGGUGUUAAAGUUCUUAUGCUUGUUUGGGAUGAUAGGACGUCCGUGGGUUUGCUGAAGAAGGACGGUUUGAUGGCCACUCAUGACCAAGAAACUGAACAGUUCUUUCAAGGUACCGAGGUGAACUGUGUCCUCUGCCCUAGGAAUCCUGAUGACGGCGGAAGCAUUGUUCAAAGUUUACAAAUUGGGACCAUGUUUACGCAUCACCAGAAAAUCGUGGUAGUGGACAGUGAGCUUCCCAGCGGAGAGUCGGAAAAGAGAAGGAUUCUGAGCUUUGUGGGUGGUAUUGAUCUUUGCGAUGGGAGAUAUGAUACACCUUUCCAUUCACUUUUUAGGACAUUGGACACUGCACACCAUGAUGAUUUCCACCAACCUAAUUUUCCUGAUGGAGCAAUUACCAAAGGUGGACCAAGGGAGCCCUGGCAUGACAUUCACUCUCGGCUUGAAGGCCCAAUUGCUUGGGAUGUUCUGUUUAAUUUUGAACAGAGGUGGAGAAAGCAGGGUGGAAAGGAUGUUCUUGUCAACUUCAGAGAGCUUGAUGAUAUUAUAAUUCCCCCAUCUCCGGUGAUGCACCUUGAUGAUUCUGAAACAUGGAAUGUUCAGUUAUUCAGAUCUAUUGACGAGGGAGCUGCUUUUGGCUUUCCUGAGACGCCUGAAGAUGCAGCAAAAGCUGGUCUUGUCAGUGGGAAGGAUAACAUAAUUGAUAGAAGCAUCCAAGAUGCUUAUAUUCAUGCUAUUCGUCGAGCAAAGAAUUUUAUUUACAUUGAAAACCAGUAUUUUCUUGGAAGCAGUUAUGACUGGCAGAGUGAUGAUAUCAAGGUAGAGGACAUAGGUGCUUUGCAUGUCAUUCCAAAGGAACUUGCUUUGAAGAUUGUAAGUAAGAUUGAAGCUGGGGAAAGGUUUACUGUUUAUGUUGUGGUCCCAAUGUGGCCAGAAGGAAUCCCCGAGAGCGCUUCAGUACAAGCAAUAUUAGAUUGGCAGAGGAGAACGAUGGAGAUGAUGUAUAAGCACAUUGUUCAGGCCUUGAAUGCUAAAGGAAUAGAGGAGGAUCCCAGGAAUUAUUUGACAUUUUUCUGCAUUGGUAACCGGGAGGUGAAGAAGAGUGGAGAAUAUGAACCUUCUGAGACCCCAGAGCCUGAUUCUGACUACAUACGAGCUCAGGAGGCUCGACGCUUCAUGAUCUAUGUCCAUUCCAAGAUGAUGAUUGUUGAUGAUGAGUACAUCAUAGUUGGAUCGGCCAACAUAAACCAGAGAUCGAUGGAUGGUGCCAGAGAUUCUGAAAUAGCCAUGGGAGCUUACCAGCCUCAUCAUUUGGCUACAAGGGAACCAGCUAGGGGUCAAAUUCAUGGUUUCAGAAUGGCAUUGUGGUACGAGCACCUUGGUAUGCUCGAUGAAACCUUUCUACAUCCAGAAAGUGAGGAAUGUGUGAGCAAGGUGAAUCGGAUGGCUGAUAAAUACUGGGAUUUGUAUUCAAGUGAGAGCCUAGAAAGAGAUCUGCCUGGUCACUUGCUUCGCUACCCCAUUGGAGUGGCCAGUGAAGGGGAUGUUACGGAGCUACCAGGAGCUGAGCAUUUCCCCGACACCAAGGCCCGUGUUCUUGGUACUAAAUCUGACUACCUUCCUCCUAUCCUCACUACAUAGGUGGAUUAUUCACGUGUUGCCUUGUUAUGCGAAGUGAGGUAACAAGCUCAUACAAUUACUUCAGAGCCACGGUUUGUUGUGGAAUAAUACAUAAUAGUUGUUUUUUAAGAUUUUUGUUGGGCAUUUUGUUGGACAGUGCACUUGAGUUUGUAUGAGAUUUCUUUAUGUUGACUGGUCUUUUAUUGUAGUUCACUCUAACAUUUAACGUUCGAGUUUUGGAAUGUUCAAGGAAGUCGAUUCGCUAUUUUCGAGAACUAGCCCUGUAAUGCUUUCCUCCUUGAGUUUUUAUCCCAGCUCCAUUUGUGUUG